AUGAAGUACUACUCAUCCGUACUCUUCCUUUUGAUCGCCCCCAUUUGGGCGCAGCUUCCAUGCACCUCGGUCGACAUAUCCAACAUGGAUGUAUCCAGCUGCAUUUGCCCUUCUAACUUCCCAUCUCCGCCGUCUUCCCUGAUCUGCCAGGGAAACUCGAUCGACUGCCCCAUCACCUGCAACCCAUCGCCACCAUCGCCCGUUGUACCUCGAGCACAGCUCUCACAAUGCUACUCUGGCUGUGUAGAGCCCAAUUCCGAGUGCAACGGCUGUUAUAUCUGGUUCUCAAGUCUCUGCCGCUGUCUCCAAGCCUUUCAAUCCGGAUCACAGACGGAUUGCAUUGCCAGCCCUGUCAUCGGCCAAGGCGCCCCACAACCUCACCAGUCUCCAUCGUGGGUCGUCCUUGGAUCCGGGAAUUUGAUCACGACCACGCAGUUGAUACCGGGUAUUUUGCAAUUGCAGACCGCAGCUGAUAUCGACGGUGGUUUCCGUUUGGGCCAGGAUACCAUCAACGCUCAGCAGGCUAGAGAUUCACUGGCCCUUGCCGUGAACAGUGUCUCUACUCGGUCUGAGGAGCAGAUUCAUAUUCAUCUGUGUGAUAGUACGAACAGUGGUAUACGUGGGAUUUUGGACCAGCUGGAUCGAAAUAAGUAUAGAACAUCACAGUCUGUCCCCCUUGCAGCUUUGCAUAAGUCGAAUUCGGCUAUGAAUUGUCGUGUCUCGCCGAACUCGGGUGUCGAUAUCAAUAUGGGCCGUGAUGUUGUUGAGUGGUUGAAGCAAUACCAAGGCUCGAAUGAUUGUGCUCAGUAUGAUGUUGGUGCUGGUGUUAUUACUGAUAGCAGUGAUUAUACUUGGGCUUGCGUCACUACUGGCCACAGAGCUGCUGAGAACCUUUUCUGUCCGACUUGA